AGAUCCAAAAAGCACCUUGCAAACAACAACAACAAAAGACCAUAGCAUUGUUAAGAGACCUGGUGUUGUCUGUCUUGCAGAGAGAGAGAGAGCCACAAGGAUCGAGAGCUAUUCUACUGCACUUUACUGCCUGCCAGAGACCGUGUCAUUUCAGUUGUGAGAUUGAGUCUGAAUAGUAAGAGACAGAGUAGCGAAAGAAAGAGAAUUCCAAAGAGUCACAGUCUUCUACUAUUACAGUCAGUCAAAAUGUCUGGACUUGGAGGACUAGCGGCGAGUCCGUCGAAUGGUCACAUUUCUCCCAUGGAAUUGGAGUCGUUGGCCGCGGGUGGUGACUACAAUGGUGAUAACAACGCUAACAAGAGCAACAAGAACAAGAAUGCCAGUUUGGAUCGUUUGUCCGGCGUCCCGUCGCAACCACUGCAACAACUCUGGAUGAUGAUUCGUCUUUAUUUCGAACUCUAUCCUAGACCCAUGUACGCCGCCACCGGUGCCUUCUUGACAUUCUUGCUAUACAAAUGGGCGCCCUUUAGUGGCAGCGCCGCCAGUAUGCGCAAUUACAUGACGCACGAUUAUACGGCAUUGGAAGACAAUUUCAAUCUGCAAACGGCGCAAGUCGAUCAUUGGUGUCUCUUUGGUGGUGACGACAAGUGUUAUUGCGAAGAUCCCACCGAAGCUCAGUCGCGCUCGGAAGUUCACGGAUGGUCCAAUUCGCACAAACGCAACAAAUGGAUUGUCACGGAAGCGAUUGGCAAAUAUGGCGCUAAAAAUAUCGAUGUCGUCUUUUUUGGAGAUCAAACCGUCCAAUCGUGGGAUGGUCUUUGGCUCGAUCGACAGGCGCCGGAAGGAAAACAAAUUUCGGCCUAUUUCAACAAGACAUUCCAGUCCAAGGAUUCACUCUUUACGGGAGUUCCACUGGGAAUCUAUGGGGAUCGGCUCAAUAACAUUUUGUGGCGCAUCAAACACGGCGAAAUUCCAAAAUCACUCGAUCCAAAAGUAUUCUGGCUCAUUAUGGGAACCAACGAUCUCGCACUCGGAAUGUGCUCCGAAGAAGUCGUCACGCUCGGUAUCAUGAGGAUUGCCGAAGAAUUGCAUCAUCAAUAUCCCACAUCGAUUGUCGUCAUUCAAGGUAUUUUGCCACGCAGCAAUCACAAGGAUGGAUCGCUCGAAGGCAAAACUAGUGGAGGUGGAGGUGGUCAUUUUGGACGUGGCAACAAGGAUCCUCGGGAGGCUGCUAUCAAGCGGGCCAAGAAAAAGGCCAAGCAGGAAGCCAUGGCCAAGGCCAAUGGCGGUAAACAACCACCCUUGACUGCCAUGUCGCCGGCCAAUGGUGGAGGAGGACGACAGCUACGAUUGACUAGUACUACCAACAAUCCCAUGGAUGUAUUCCUCGACAAUUAUCUCGAUCAGUACAAUGACACGGAGGUUACCAAUCAGUUGAUGGAAGACUAUUGGGGACCUCAUGUGCCGUCCAUGGAUGAGGAGUAUGAGUACGAGCAUGAGUACGAGCAUGACCAGCAAGCCACUGAAGAACGACGUGAUUUGGAAGAAGGAGAGACAAAGUCCGCCAAACCGGAGAGCGUAACCGUCAUUGGCAAGCCCAAGGAAUCCUACACGUACCAAGACAAGGACAAGGUUAUUCCGGAAAGUCAACAACACAAAACUAAAUUGCCACACUUUGAUUUCUACUUGUGGCCAUCCAUCAAGGCCAUCAACAAGGAAUUGGAAGGAUUCUGUGCCAAACACGAACACUUGGUCUACUUUGAUGCCGAUGAUCUCGUCUUGGGAAGUAUCGGGAAUGAACAUUACCGAGCGGCCCAUAAGACCAUCAUUACCGCGCUCAUGCCCAAUUACGUUCAUCUCAGUUAUCAGGGACAUCAAGUCGUGCUCAAUGUGUUGAAUGAUGAAUUGAAACGAAUCAUCUAUGACGAUGACGAAGAAAAUGAUAUCGAAACGGCAAAAGCCAACAAGGAUAAACAUCAGCAUCAACGACGACGACAACAGGAAGAGGAACAACAGCAACAAUAAAUCAAAAACAGAAAGACACCAGAACAACAACAAACAAAAAGAGAGACAACAACAAACAAACAAAAGAAAGAGUUAAAAACGACGUACCGGUACGCAUAUAUGCAACCUUUGUAGUAGGGGAGAAAUUCCAUGGUUGGCUGUUCUAGAACACGAUAAGGAACUAGAACCUAGUUUUUUAGAU